UCGUAGCGCGUAUCGGCCAGACGCCGCCAAGCUCGGUUUUUUGUUUGAGGUGACGAGCUGGGAGGAUACAGCGAGCUGAGGGACAUGAGCAGGGGGCUUGGCGGGGAAUAAGGCUGCAGCCGGCAGGGGUCUAAUGAAGUGAGGUGCCGGCUCAGCUCCCGGGUCCUCUGAGUGUAAACAGGAAGGAGAAGCUGCAGCCUCGCGCGCCUUCCCCUUGCAGUGAACGCGGACAUCGCGUGGAGGGGCGCGAGGCUACAGUGGCUGACUGGCGCGAGGCUCUGUGUGUGCGCCCCCUUCCCCCACCCCGGUAACCGGGCAGAGACAUGCAGCCCCGGGGCCUAGCUCUGCCAGCGCCGUGACUCCCACCGCUCCUCGCUCUACACUCCGCCAGUUGCCGGCUCACACAGAGCAGCCUAGGCCGGGCCUGCAGCCCCUGCUCUCUCCGGUGAGACCACCUGCACCUGUCGGUCCUCCCACUCCUAUUACUCACCGCCCCCUGUACCGGCUGGGGGGGUCAGACACGGAGCUGCCGCACAUCGGAUGUGAGCUCGGGCCUGGAGACCGCCUUCCUGCCCUGACUGCUGCUCGACAGGUUAUCAUUUGGGGGGCCGAACGUCAGUCAAAAUCUCUGGUAACAUGGCAAAAGAUGCUGGCCUAAUUGAAGCAAAUGGAGAGCUCAAGGUUUUUGUAGAUCAAAAUCUUAGUCCAGGAAAAGGUGUAGUUUCACUAUUGACCGUACAUCAGUCAAAUUCUGUGGGAAAACAACUCUUGCCAAAAACAUUUGGGCAAUCUAAUGUUAAUAUUUCUCAACAGGUGGUUAUUGGGACACCACAACGACAAUCUGCACCCAGUACUAUCUUAUUAGGAAGUCCCCAUACUCCAAACACGCACUUUGUAUCGCAGAACCAAGCCACAGACUCCUCACCAUGGUCAGCAGGAAAAAGAAAUAAGAAGGGUGAAAAGAAUGGCAAGGGCUUGCGUCAUUUUUCUAUGAAGGUUUGUGAGAAAGUACAGAAGAAAGGUACCACAUCAUACAAUGAAGUGGCAGAUGAGCUGGUUGCAGAGUUUAGUUCAGCAGAUAAUCAUAUAUCACCAAAUGAUGCACAAGCUUAUGACCAGAAGAAUAUAAGACGACGUGUCUAUGAUGCCUUAAAUGUACUUAUGGCAAUGAAUAUUAUUUCAAAGGAAAAAAAAGAAAUAAAAUGGAUUGGCCUACCUACAAAUUCUGCUCAGGAAUGUCACAAUUUAGAGGUGGAGAGACAAAGGCGUCUUGAACGAAUAAAGCAAAAACAGUCUCAGCUGCAAGAACUUAUUCUACAGCAAAUUGCAUUCAAAAACCUGGUUCAAAGAAAUCGUCAGGCAGAACAAUUGGCCAACAGACCUCCUCCAUCCAAUUCAGUUAUACACUUACCAUUUAUCAUUGUGAACACCAGCAAGAAAACAGUUAUUGACUGUAGCAUUUCUAAUGACAAAUUUGAAUACCUUUUUAAUUUUGACAACACAUUUGAAAUUCAUGAUGAUAUUGAAGUACUGAAGAGAAUGGGGAUGGCAUGUGGUUUAGAAUCUGGAAGUUGUUCAGCAGAAGACUUAAAGACAGCGCGGAGUUUGGUGCCAAAGGCUCUAGAACCGUAUGUGACAGAAAUGGCUCAGGGAUCUAUCGGCAAUAUCUAUGUAUCCUCUUCAUCAGGUUCUUUUUCAAAUGGCAGGAGGUUUUCAGCCAGUGACAUGACUGGCUGCACAGAUGGAAUGCUGGCAACUAGUUCGAAUGGAUCUCAGUAUAGUAGCUCCAGAGUGGAAACCCCGGUGUCUGGUAUUGGUGAAGAAGACGAAGAGGAAGAUGAUGAAUUUAAUGAAAAUGAUGACGACGACUAAUGUUUCAUUUAUAUCUUCAAUUUAAAAGCUUCAGGAAUCUAUUGGUUUGUUAAAGGAGGAGUAUGCUUUUUGCUUUUUUCUUUUUUUUUUUUAUUCUUUUUAACGGCACUCCUAACAAAAUAUUGAUAAGGUUAAUUAACUCUCAUAACCAACCAAGGGAUGUUCAAAUUACAUAUAUUUUUGUGGUGUGGCAGUGUUUAUAUAGUUUCACAUAUUCUCCCUUGUUUUUUGUUUUGCUUUUUUUUUUGUGUGUAAUUUAUUUUUAAUUGAUUUUGUUUUCAUUAGCCCAUUUAGAAUUUUUCAAAACAAUAUUCUCAGUUGUUUUUGUAUUUGUCAUAAAAUAAACUGGUGUCCUAAUAUGAAAAAUAAAUGGGUUUUCUCAAAAUGACCAUUUAUUUGGAGUAACAAUAUUGCCAGUAACAUGGCAAUAGAAAUAGUUUUGUGAAAUCAUGCCUUGGCCAAAGAAGUAAUUAUUUCUUUUCUUGCACCCAGAUGGUUUGAUUAGAAUUAAAGUAAAUAGGAGUUUUUUUUUUUUUUCUUUUUUUUUUUUCUUUUUCUCAAUACUUCUUAAUCUGUAUGUGGGGAAAAGAGUAAUACCCUGCAAAUGUUUUUCUGCAGUGCUGGUGCAGCUAUUUGAAAUGUCUUGAAGGUUCUAUGUUGCUUAUAGUAUGAUUUGCCUGAUUGUUACAGGCAAACUUUUGAUUAUUUUUUAUAUUCUAUAGUUGUUUACAUAAGCAUCAUUUAAAAAGAAAAGUGUACUAGAACAAAUGUUCUGUACUUGUUUCCUAAAUCUCUACUUGUAAUCUAUUCUAAGGUUGAAAUUAUAGUUUUAACAGUUUUACACCUUACCCCAUCCCACCCAUGAAUUGCAAAUCAUUUUAUUGUUAAUAUUUUGAGGAAUUUUAAGGCAGUAGAUUGGUGACUUUCAAACAGUUAAACAUAAAAUGCAGAAUUACCAUUGACUGCUUGUUACAAACAUGAAAUUGUAAAAAAAAUAAAAUAAACUACAACACUUAUGUAAUUUUAUUAACUAUACAGAGUUAUUAAAUGAUUUGUUUAACUUGGCACUGUUUUAUUAAUAAAACAUGC